UGGGCCCCCAUUCCCCAUAUUUCGAACGUACCAUGUCUCUAGGACACGGCCGUUGAUCGAUCGGGAACCCGCGCCAAUGGUUCCCUCCUCUCUCCCACCCACCAAAGCCCUCUUCUUUCCGUGACUUUGAUUGCCUCCUCCGUGUUCUCGAGCUCGAUUUCAGUGGAAAUUGGAGCCGGGGUGGGGUUCGUGGUGUCGUCGAUGGGCGCCGGGGCGUCUAGCGUCAUGGGGCGGGAGGGAGAGGCGGAGGACCACGAGACGGGGCUCGGGAACCUGCCGGAAAGCUGCGUCGCCGCGGUGCUGCUCCACCUCGACCCGCCGGAGAUCUGCCGCGCGGCGCGGCUCAGCCGGACGUUCCGUGGCGCGGCGUCGGCGGACUUCGUGUGGGAGGCUAAGCUGCCCGAGAACUACAUGUAUCUGGUGGAGCUGGCUUCCGGGGGGAAGAGCCCCAGCGAAAAGGAUCUCCUGUGCUUGAAGGAGGUCUAUGCGUGGUUGUGCCGGCCGAAUCCCUUCGAUGGAGGUAACAAGGAAUUCUGGCUCGACAAGAGCUGGGGUGGGUUUUGCAUGUCGAUUUCCUCAAAGGCGUUGCUGAUUACUGGGAUUGAUGAUCGGAGAUAUUGGAAUUAUAUCCCCACUGAGGAAUCCAGAUUUUACACGGUUGCAUAUCUUCAACACACUUGGUGGUUUGAGGUGGAUGGGGAAAUUGAUUUCUACUUUCCUGCUGGUACUUACAGCCUGUUCUUCAGGCUUCAUCUAGGUCGAGCCUCCAAGCGACUUGGUCGUCGGAUAUGUAGUUCCGAACACAUCCACGGAUGGGAUAUAAAACCAGUGCAGUUUCAGCUGUCAACAUCAGAUGGUCAGAACACUAUAUCUCAUUGUUUUCUAGAUGAGCCUGGGAGAUGGAUCCUCUACCAUGCAGGAGAUUUUGUUGUUGAUAACUCCAAUAUCUCAACAAAGAUCCAAUUCUCGUUGACACAAAUCGACUGCACGCAUACAAAAGGUGGCGUCUGUGUUGACUCUGUGUUGAUAUAUCCCAAAGGAUUCAUACUGAAAAGGUCUCUUCUUCCAACUUGUAAAUCUGUGCAGUUAGUGUCUGAAUAACAGCCUCAGCUUAGAAACAGUAGAAGAUAGGAACUUUGCUCUGUUAGUUUCUGAAACGACAGCCUCAGAGUAGCACAAUAGAAGAAGGGAAGUUUGCUCUGUUCCCUGGUCAUAUAUGGUCCAAGUCAGUGUACAUAAAUCUCCUUUAACAUUUUGAGUGGGAGAUGUAAGUGCCCUUUA